AUGAAACUGCUCGCCGCCGCCUGUUUGGCGGGUCUUACCGCGGCACAGUACUUCCCCUCCCCACCCGAGGGACUUAAGGUCGUGAAAUCGAAGCACGAGGAAGGUGUUGAAAUAUCAUAUAAGGAGCCGGGAAUCUGUGAAACCACUCCUGGGGUCAAGUCCUACUCGGGCUACAUUCACCUACCCCCGGGGACUUUGAACGAUGAAAAAGUGGACCAGCAAUAUCCCAUCAAUACGUUUUUCUGGUUUUUCGAGUCCCGUCAUGACGCGAGAAAUGCCCCACUGUCCAUUUGGAUGAACGGUGGGCCUGGCAGCUCGUCCCUGAUCGGUCUCCUGCAGGAGAACGGACCCUGCCGCGUGAACGCGGAUUCCAAUUCGACCGAACUCAAUCCCUGGUCUUGGAACAACUACGUCAAUAUGCUUUACAUCGAUCAACCCAAUCAAGUCGGUUUCAGCUACGACAUCCCCACGAAUGGUACUUUCGACCAGGUCGCGUCCGCUUGGAAUGUAUCCGAGUGGACGCAUGGUGUCCCAGAGCAGACUAAUACUUUCUAUGUCGGCACGACGACCAGCCAGAAGAAGACUUCCACUGCUAAUAGCACCGAAAAUGCGGCCCGGUCGCUUUGGCACUUGGCGCAGACGUGGUUCUCCGAGUUUCCAGAAUACAAGCCCCGCGACGAUCGCGUUAGUAUCUGGACUGAGUCAUACGGCGGACGCUAUGGCCCUUCAUUUACUGCAUUCUUUCAAGAGCAAAAUGAGAAGAUCAAAAAUGGCACAAUCGCUGCUCCCGGGGAAUCGCAUUAUAUUCACUUGGAUACUUUAGGUAUUAUCAAUGGUUGUGUUGAUCUCCUUGUGCAGGCGCCGACGUACCCGGUCAUGGCGUACAAUAAUACUUAUGGGAUUGAGACGAUCAAUAAGACUGUUUACGAACAGGCUUUGCAUGCCUGGAGCAAGCCUGGUGGAUGUAAGGACCUGAUCACAGGAUGCCGGGUCCUUGCAGCGGAAGGCGACCCUCAGAUGUAUGGCAACAACGAAACUGUGAAUAAGGCAUGCCAGAAGGCGAACACUUUCUGCAGCAAUAAUGUCGAGGGUCCUUAUACUAAUUUUGCCGGUCGGGGCUACUACGAUAUCACCCACAAAAGCCCCGAUCCAUAUCCACCGCAAUGGUACUUUGGAUUCCUCAGUCAGCAUUGGGUGCAAAAGGCCCUGGGUGCGCCCAUCAACUACACCGAAUCCAUCGAUAGUGUCUAUGAUGCAUUCACAUCAACCGGCGAUUAUGCCCGCGGCGAUGUGCACGGCUACCUCAAUGAUCUCGGCUACGUCUUAGACUCUGGUGUCAAGGUUUCCCUCGUCUACGGCGACCGGGAUUAUGCCUGUGAUUGGAUCGGCGGCGAAGAUGUUAGUUUGGGCAUCGAAUAUUCCAAAGCACCCUCUUUCCGUGCGGCUGGAUAUUCGCCUCUCAGAACCAACUCAUCAUACAUCGGAGGACAAGUUCGCCAGCAUGGCAACUUCUCCUUUGCCCGUGUCUAUCAGGCCGGUCAUGAAGUCCCGGCCUACCAGCCUCAGACUGCGUACGAAAUCUUCCACCGUGCCCUGUUCAACCGCGAUUUGGCGACUGGCAAGAUUGACACUGCUCGUAAUGCUUCUUACUCUACUGAGGGUCCUUCGUCUACUUGGCAUAUCAAGAACGAGGUUCCCGAAAGCCCCGAGCCGGUGUGCUAUAUCUUGUCUCUCGAGUCGACGUGCACUGAGGAUCAGAUUGCCAGAGUGGUCAACAAUACAGCUGUCAUCAGGGAUUACAUUGUUGUGGGUUGA